GGCACAUCGAGGGAUUAUCACCCAAAUGUGCCAAUCACCUACUCUGUAGGGGAGAACCAUCUUCAGAAAAUGGACCACAAUGUACAUGCUGCUAUCCAUCACACAGAGAACCUCUACUAUCCCUUUGCGUCAAAAGCCAAAUUCAACCUGGGAUAUUGGCUUUCAGUGGGGGCAUUAUCGCAAAAAGAAGUUGAUGUUUUCCUCCACCUCGAGCACACUGGCAAUAAUCCACCUUCUUUCAGCACAUCGAAGGAUCUGCGCAUUUGGAUCAAAGGACUACCUGAAGUACCUCUAUGGUACCACCAAAAAAUCCAAGUGGGUUCCUAUAAGACAAAAGUGCCCUUAAUGCUCUAUUGGAGGGAUGGUCUCAAGGUCGUAAAGCAUCUAUUCGCCAACUCAGUUUUUGCGCCUUGUAUGGAUUUCUGGCCAUACUGGGAAUUUGAAGGCCCAGACAAUCAACGAGCUUAUGGAGAAUUUAUGAGCGCUGAUCUUGCAUGGGAGAUACAGGAUCAGCUUCCUCCUGGUCAUUCAUUCAUUGGUGUGAUUGGUGCUUCGGACAAAACACCUCUUACCAUUGGGACUGGAAACAAGGAGAUGCACCCCCUACUAAUCUUGCUCGCCAAUAUCCAUGCAGGUGUU